UGCUGCCUGGUGUUCGUAUCCGUGUCUCUUCUUUCGGAUAAUCGGUGGUUUUGCUGCGAAAUUACGUACGAUACUAGUCGCGAUAUCGUCCCCGUUCGUACACCGUCCACCGUUCGGGGACACUGGCGGUGUUGCGGGGGUCCGUUUUUCCACGGAUUGCCACGCUACCCGUACGCGUUCUGUUUGAGGCCACAGUGAAAGAGGGCCUUGGAACGACACGACACGACGAAGAAGUAGGACUGUCCACUGCACGUCUCCGUGUUUUACGUACAGAUCCCGUAGCUGCGGGCGACGGAUUUCAAUUGCUCCGUGAAGUGCCUCCCAUAUCCGUUUGCAUCGACCGUGAAUGUCGUCUGGUAACACCGCUGGCAGUACCCUCGGUCGCUGCAGACUGCCUUGGCUCGCCACUGUGUGACUCUUUGCAACAAAAAACGUACAGUACGUGCGGGGCGGUUACCAAACGCGCAACAUGUUUAACAAUUACGGCAACACGAUGGCGACGGAUCCGUUCCGGAAGGUGGAACAAUACUCGCCCAAAUCGUCGCCCCGUGCUGGAGGGGCUGGGGGUCGAUCGCCCGUCGUCGCCCGUCAGGAUUCCUCCGGCACAUUAAAGACCACGAUCCAGCUUGGGAAAAACCCCUCGAUACUCCACAGUGGACCGUUUUACUUAAUGAAGGAACCACCCGGGGAAGGUGAACUGACCGGAGCCACGAAUCUGAUGGCACACUAUGGUUUAGAGCAUUCGUAUAGUAAAUUUAGUGGUAAAAAGGUUAAGGAACAGCUAUCAUCAUUUCUCCCGAAUUUACCUGGUGUCAUCGAUGGACCGGGACACCUCGAUAAUAGUUCCCUUCGAAGUGUGAUCGAAAAACCACCGAUCGUGGGUAAAGAACUGCUUCCACUCACCAGCGUACAGCUCGCUGGAUUCCGUCUACAUCCCGGACCGCUUCCGGAGCAGUACAAACACUUAAAAACAGCACCAACUAGAAAGCAUAAGAAUAAGCAUAAGAAACACAAACACAAGGAUGGCGUUGCGCCACCGGAACAGUCUGCGCUCGAGGCGGCCGGGCUCGAUACGCACGAGAAGAAGCACAAAAAGCAGAAAAGACACGAAGACGACAAGGAGCGCAAGAAGCGGAAAAAGGAGAAAAAGCGCAAAAAACAGCGCCACAGUCCGGAGCAUCCUGCUGGUGGUGGUGGGACAGCAUCGGUACCACCGCAAACGCAAGUCUAUUAAGUCUGGUCCUGCGGAAGUGGUACACUUAUCCAUACACCCACACACACACACACACACACACACACACACACACACACACACACACACAAACACAUACACAUCCACACACCUACAAAUACGCAUAUAUUGAUAUACAAAGAUACAAAUAACUAGGGCGAGAUAAGGGAAAUUCGAAACAAACUAAAAAAAGAAAGCCUCUUAUCAGCUCGACCUUGCUCUCCUGUGUUCCGCAUCCACACGCAUGUGAACCACUCAUACGGUGGACCAUUGUGUGGUGGAUAGAAAUAUGAAGCAAGAUCGCGAGGAUCUACAUGCGAUUCGGCCAAAGUUUCAAUGCGUGUUUAGCUCGGGGGUGCAAAUAGUACAUUCUUGCGAGAAGAAUGGCUUCCGAUGACGGGGGUUUCGUUGUUUUUUGAAGCAAAUUUUGCCUUCCUUCUCCAUAAUGCCGUACUAUCCCGUGACUCAAUUACACCAAGGAAGAGAAGGCGUUGAACCUGUCUCACUAGAAAAACGCUCACCAUACAAGGCGAACCUGAUGCAGGAACGAUAGUAUAUGCGGCUCCUCACGCGAGUUUCGAUUAAGCCUAUGAUAUAGUGCCAGGAAAACGAACACCGCAAAGUGGAUUGCGAAUCCACGUUCGAAAUCUACUGUUGAAUCUUAAUUUAAUGCAAAGCAAGGGCAAAGAAGGUUGCAACGAAAGCAGGUUAAAGUCGAGCUGUCCAUCUUCCACUUGUCGCACUUGGAAGCUCAAGAAAAAAGGAACGAUCAGCAUCCUUCUGUUUUAUUAUUAAAGGAAAAAGUGCGCCAGCCUAAGAGCACGCAUUGUCCUAUCCUCUCUCGGCACACCUUUGAUAAGUAUGUUUAUUUUCUGUUUUGUUAAAUAUGUGUAAUAUCUCUAAUGUUUCGCCCGCCAACCCUCGAGUGUGAGGCACUCGAUCCUUACAGAGCUCUUUUAACUUGUGACUCUCCACCCGGUUCCCGUUUUACACUUUGAUACGUAAACACUUUUGUUUAGCUACAUGUAUAUUAUUGUAUAAGACAGAAGCAGCAAAAACAAAACAACAAACAAAAAAAAUCCGAUAUCCUUAAGGUAUGUUGGGAGUGUGUAAUAUUAAGAAGUUUUUGUUUCACUUUGCGGCACGCACCUGCACGGAAUGGGACUGACCAGAUAGUCGCGUAGGAGGAUCAGAUUUAGACAUAUGGGCAUCGCCAACCAUCCACCAUAUCGGGAACGAAGGGCAAGCGAAGGGUUUUGAUGCGUGCGACGGGAACCAAACAAUGGAAUGGAACGGGAUUGGGUGUGAUGUGAAGUGUUGCAAAAAAAAAAGAAACAUUAUCCGUGCGGUUGCAAUAUCAGGUGCCUGGACGACGGGUUGAAGUGUGUAUAAAGUACUGAGCGAUAGAAUGAUAGCGAGAACGAAUGAGCGUGUGUGUUUGUCCGCGAAAUACUAAACACGGGGAAAAUUAGUAGGAUUGUGGGUGGCCCCAUCCCAGAAACUCGUACUAAUCAUACAAGCAGCAUAAUGAAAAAUAGGAAGCGAGAAAGGUGAUGAGAAAUAAUACCACACAAAACACAUGUUACAAAACAAUACAACAAAGUGUAACAAGUAGGAAAACCAUUAUUUCCCAAUAAGAUGGACACUCCCGGUAGCCUUUUUUCUCGGUUCUUUUUGGCGAUGGCGACACUCACGGGGAUUGAUUGAUAUUUUAGUAAAAUGCAGUUCACAAAACUAAUGCUCUGAUGGGAAGAACCGCAAGAGAAACCAACAGGAUGGCAUUCUGGAACAGGUUCUUCACCAACCUUAUUCAGCUAAGUCCAACCAAUUGUAGUUCUAUCGUGUUUCAUACUCUUCGGCAGUUGUUUACUCGAGGCGAUAUUACGGUAUGCCAAGCAAGAUCUUCGAAGAAAUUUCAUUUAACGAUCGUGUGUAGCUAUGUGUCGUCCCUCAAUGAAUGGGUUUGGGUUGUGUCCAGCAAAGACCAUAACGACGGAACCACCCCCGUUGAUGUUGGCCAUCGCUAAAUAGACGAGGACAAGCCACCGAUGUUGCGUCAAAUAAAGGAGAGGAGUGUACAUGGCGGUAGGAAAACAAAACAAAUAGUGAAAGCCUCUCGCCCGCCACACUCCGUUUUGUAUUUAUGAUCGUACUGUGGAAUUAUUUAACUUUUAUUUACUAUAUUUUAGCAAUAAACACUGAACGAAAAACAA